AUGAAUAAGCCGGGUACUGAGGGUUUCAGCUACUUCCAGUACAAGCCGGUGAAAGGAGUCCCCACUAUUUUUGCCGUUAUUUGGUUUAUUUCAGGAGGCCUACACCUAUGGCAAAACAACAUGAAAUAUAAGACGUGGCGGAUGGGCUUUUUACUGCCAUGGACCUGCGUGGUCUUUGCUAUUGGCUAUGUCCUUCGUGAAGUGGCGGCUCACGGUCACUACGGGAAUCUUGAUCUCUUUAUCUCCACAACGGUUUUCCUAUUUUGCGCUCCCCCUAUAUACCUCGCCAUCAUCUCAAUUAUCUUCGGUCGUUUACUGUACUACGUCCCCUGGCUGUCACCCAUUCAUCCAGGACGUGUGAUGUCAACCUUCCUUGGAUUAGAUCUUGUAGUGGAAACCCUGGCCUCCUCCGGGGCACCCCUGGCGACAAAUUAUGGGAAUUCAAAAACGAAGGUACAUAUCGGCAACAUCAUGAUCAAGGCGUCGAUUAUCCUGCAAAUCCCAAUCUUUAUCUCCUUUUUCGUCCUUGUCGCCUUUUUCCACCGCCGUUUACACAGAGCCGACAUCCGCGAUUCAAAAAUACGAAAAGUCCUGAUAAACCUCUACUUGGCUUGUUUCUUAGUGACGGUUCGGAAUGUGUUUCGCACUUUUGAUACUUUUGCAGGAUGGGGAUCUGCGAUGGGUCGUGUCGAAGCUUAUUUCUGGUGCUUCGACGGUGUACCCAUGCUAAUCGUUACCGCCAUGAUGAACGUGUAUCCUCCUGCCAGUUGCCUUCCGCGGUCACAUGUGACCUAUCUGGCCCGGGAUGGGAAAACAGAGCUCAGUGGACCCGGUUGGAUUGAUGAUAGACCCUUUCUGGUGACAAUCUUUGACCCGUUUGAUAUUGCAGGGUCGAUAAAGGGGAGGGACAAGAAGACUGCCUUCUGGGAGGAAGAUGGGGUUUUGCUAAACGAGCGACCGAAAACACAGCAAUCCUCGAGUUGA